UCGCUACCGGUCCUCGACUUCGGAUAUGCACUUCAACGUGCAGCUGAUUUUAAUGAAACCGGGGGUUAUUACAACUUCACGAACAUUCGCUACGCUGCACCUCCUCUUGGCGAUCUCCGAUUCAGGGCCCCUGAACCUCCGGCAGUUGAUCGAUCUGUAAUUCAGAAUGGUUCAGAAUCCCGCAUGUGCCCGCAGAAUUAUCCUCCUUGGAUGGGAACGAUCGGUUGGGUACCUGAAUACCUGCAAUAUGGUACUGUUCCAAAUGCUACGGCUGCAGCAGUCCCGUCCACGAACGGUUCUUCCACUCCACCGCGAGACCCAAGUCAGAAUGAGGAUUGCCUUUUCCUCGAUGUCAUGGUUCCUCAGGGAAUCUUUGAAAAGGCAGGCCAAGGCUACGGAGCCCCUGUUCUCGUUUGGAUCUACGGUGGCGGCUAUGCCGUCGGUUCUAAGACGAGCGGCUAUGAUCCACGGAGUUUACUUAGGCGUAGCCAAACCAACUCUUCCGAAGGUGUUAUCUUCGUGGCUUUAAACUACCGCCUGGGUGCAUUUGGAUUUCUCGCAGGGCCGACUCUUCAGGCAAAUGGCACGGCCAACGCAGGACUCUAUGACCAGAGAAUGGCGCUUGAGUGGGUUCAAGAGCACAUUCACCUAUUUGGUGGAGACAAGAACCGAGUGACGGUCAUGGGCGAGUCUGCUGGUGGAGGCUCCAUUACACAUCAGCUAACAGCUUACGGUGGCCGCGACCCAGCGCCUUUCCAACAGGCUAUCAUACAGUCUCCGGCAUGGACGCCCAGUCCUUCCACAUACACCCAGGAGCGAAGGUUCCAAGACUUCUUGCGGUUCGCAAACGUUAGCUGCCUCGAAGAGGCUCGUAAUUUACCAACUGACCAGUUGAUGGAUGCAAAUGACCGUCAGAUUUUCGCCUCACCUUAUGGCAGCUAUGGUUUUGGUCCGUCCGUUGAUGGAAUCUUCAUCACGCAGGAUCCGAAGUUAGCGCUGAGUCAAGGCCAAUUCGACGCAUCCGUCAGGGUCAUGGUCGGGCAAAACUCCAACGAGGGUCUUCUGUUCACUGCUCCGGUUACCAACAAUGCGGAGUAUCUAGACUUCGUCCGCAGCAACUUUCCUACUGCCCGCGAGGAUACUAUCGACCACAUUGCGAAUGUGUUGUACCCGCCUGUUUUCGAUGGCUCGAUGGGAUACCAAGACCAAGUUGGACGCGCCGCGCUGACCAUGGGCGAGGGAACCUUCGUUUGCAAUGCCUUCGCUCUGAAUAGUGCAUACGGCAGCCAUUCUUCCUACCUAUUCGACGUUUUUCCUGGACUCCACGCACAGGAUGUUGAAUACACCUUCUACAACCCGGACGUUGUUUACCCAGGGAUUCCUGUGCUUACGAUGUGGGGAGAUAAUCAAACAGUUGCGUACGUAAUGCAGGACUACUUUACCAGUUUUGCAACCCAGGGUAUCCCUGAGAGUCUGCAAGAUGGUCUUUCAGCGGUUCCGGCGUACGGCGAAAACGCUACACUCACUGUGUUGAGCAAAGAUGGAAUUGACACGGGGAGAGACCCGGCUGCGAACGAGAGAUGUGAUUGGUGGCAGAUGGUUCUAGUU